AUGAUGGAUCAAAGAAGUGUACCUAUUGGCCCUAUUGGCCCUGUUGGCUCGAUUGGACCCAAUGGACCGAUCUCCCCCGCAUUCGUAUACAAUGGGACAAUCACAUACGCUUCAACAACAUCCCCGACAGUUACAGAUACCACUUUCAAUGCAUCUCCAGUAACAAGUCCAAUACAAAGGGAAGAUGGUCUGACAACAGAACCUCCCAAGAAGAGACAAAAGCGUAACAAGCCUACCCUAUCAUGUGUUGAAUGUGUAGAACGUAAAACAAAGUGCGAUAGGGGUCGGCCAAAUUGUCUUGCAUGUAUUAAGCGACAGUCACAAUGCGUAUAUCAUCCAACAGCAAACAUACUCGAAGAGACAAACAGGACGACUGCAAAUGCUCGACGUAUGACUAAACCACCAAAGAAGUUGGGUCCUGGAGCAGGAAAUCUUGUCGAACGACCAAGAAAAGCACCAGAUCCAAGCGAGCGAAGUGCAUCUAGGGGCUCCGUUUCUUCAUCUACCGGUCUGCUUUCUAAUGUACCUUAUUCGCACCCAAAAGCCUCGAAUGUUUUUGGUAUUGGCUCAGAGCAUCCCUUUGCAAAUUAUUGGACAUGUCAAGGAGGACUUCCGGAAGUGAUUUCGGUGUUACCAGCCAAGGACCAAGCAGAUAUCUUGAUGGAACGAUAUUUUGAAUGUGUCGAUCCUGUUUAUCCUAUGCUUCACCGGCAAACCUUUUAUGCCGAUUAUGAGCACUUCUGGUCAUUAGCGGGACCCGAAAGAGAUAGAACAGAUGCCGCUCUGGUUGCUAUGAUAUUCUCCAUGAUAGCUUUGGGGACCCAAUUUGUUAAUAACUCUCCUCCAAAAGAACGACAACAAACUGCCGAGUUUUAUGUAUCUGCCGCUCACCAAUCGCUUCGUCUCGGUUCAUAUCUUAAUAAAGCCUCGAUGCGCUCGAUCCAAGCCAUGGUCCUUAUCACAUACUUCCUCAUCAACGAUAAUCAUGCUUCUGAUGGGUGGGCAUUUGCCGGUAUACUAAUUCGACAAUCUUAUGCUAUGGGUCUCCAUCGCGAUCCUAACAUUGUCACUCCAAAUGCAUCUAUCUUUGACAAACAACAGCGUCGAAAACUUUGGCAGGCAGUACUGCUACAAGAUACCUUCCUCACUGUUCUACUUUCUCUCCCACCAAGCGCUACACAUACAGACGUCAACGUAGAAGACCUCAUCGAUGAUUCCGGCUCCAUCGCGAACUGCGAUCCAAACGAUACAGCUUAUAUCCGCGGAUGUUGGACUCUCGCCAACCUCGUACAAGAAAGCAUUUGCUCUCCCCGCUCGCUAGACCUUCCCAUCUGUCCGACCGCCCGCCAAAAACAUAAACUCAUUUCCGAUUUCAAAGCCGUCUAUCGUUCUUUCCCAGACGUCUUUCGCUCCUGGGACCGCGAUUCCAUUUCUGUAGUAGCAGAAACUAAUAAGCGUCUUGUGCGACAAACACUCUUCUUGACGAGUAAUUACUUCCAUAAUGUGAUGUUACUCCAUUCAAGCGAAAGUCCUGAAGUCCAACCAGAUGUUCGAGGAACUUUGAAUGCGGCACACGAAGCUAUCAACGCGUUCUUCCUUCUGUAUGAACUCUUCGAGAGCGAAAGUAAAGUUUGGUGGGUUUUUAAUCAUCGCGCAUUUUUGGAAUGUAUGAUGAUUGGAAAUACUUUGCAGGAAGUGAGCAAAGAUGAAGAUGGCGCGGAGAAAUUGGGGAAAGAUCCAUUGUUUGUUAGGGCUAAGGGGGAUAUUGUCCGCAUGAUCGACAUCAUGACCAAAAUCGGCGACGGAGAUAAUGGCUCACAAGUCGCGCGGACGAGAGUCCAGGUUCUAAGUGAUUAUGUAUGA